UAAUUAUCCUCUUUCUCUAUAAAUACCGUUAUCGGUUAUAGUGUAUCCACUCCAUCCCCAAAUUUCCCAUAAUAAAAUGUCUCCGGCGAAUGAAACAGAUUUCUCAAACCUCCCUCUCCGACAAAUUCCCGGCAACUAUGGCCUUCCUUUCAUCGGAGCAAUCAAAGACCGUCUCGAUUACUAUUACAAUCAAGGACCCAACGAAUUCUUCAAAACCAGAGUCGACAAAUACAAAUCCACCAUCUUCCGAACAAACAUGCCGCCGGGACCAUUCAUGGCACCAAACCCAAAAGUCGUCGCCGUUCUCGACGCCGUCAGCUUCCCUAUCCUCUUCGAUACGUCAAAGGUUGAAAAACGUAACAUCCUCGACGGCACUUACAUGCCAUCCACAAAACUCUUCGGUGGUUACAGAGUAUGCGCCUUUCUCGACCCAUCAGAACCAACUCACGCCGCCGCAAAGCAAUUCGCUUUGUCGUUCGUCGCCUCCCGUCAUAACUCAGUCAUACCCAUCUUCCGUAGUUGCAUGUCCGACCUACUUAGAGAACUCGAAGAUGACGUCGAUUCCGGGAAAGUCCCUGAAAACAAUUUCAACACUCAUAGUGAUAAAAUGUCGUUUGAUUUCGUCGUCCGUUUCUUCUCCGACGAGGAUAUCCCGUCCAAACAAACAAAUCUUGGAUCCGACGGCUCAAAAUUGUUUGAUAAAUGGCUACUCUUUCAACUCUCUCCAUUGAUGACUCUAGGCAAGAAAUUCAUACCCAACUUUAUCGAAGAUUUGCUUCUCCAUACUUUCAUGCUUCCGCCAAUCUUAGUAAAAUCAGAUUACCAGAAACUCUACGACCAAUUCUAUUCGUCGGCGAAAAGGGUUUUAGAUGACGGGGAGAGGCUAGGGCUAUCUCGAGAGGAGGCUUGUCAUAACCACAUUUUCGUCGCGGGAUUCAAUUCCUACGGCGGAAUGAAAAUUCUUUUUCCAAGUUUGAUCAAAUGGGUUGGGUUAGCCGGAGAGGAUUUACACCGUCGAUUGGCGGAUGAAAUCAGGACCAUCGUUAAAUCGGAAAAUGGGGUAUCGUUCUCGGCGCUGGAGAAGAUGAAUCUGACUAAAUCGGUUGUCUACGAGGCUUUGAGAAUCGAGCCGCCGGUUCCAUUUCAGUACGCGACGGCGAAGGAGGAUAUAAUGAUUCAUAGUCACGAUGGGAGAUUUGAAAUCAAGAAAGGUGAGAUAAUUUUUGGAUAUCAGCCGUUUGCGACUAAGGAUCCGAAGAUAUUCGUGAAUCCGGAGGAGUUCGUCGGAGAUAGAUUUAUGGGUGACGAAGGAGAGAAGCUUUUGAAGUAUGUUUAUUGGUCGAAUGGGCGGGAGACGGAGGAGCCGACGGCCGGAAAUAAGCAAUGUGCGGGGAAGAAUCUGGUGGUACUCUUGUCUAGGUUAAUGUUGGUGGACUUCUUCUUGAGGUAUGACACGUUUACAGUUGAUGUUAGUACCAUACUUUUGGGGCCAGCUGUGAAGCUCAAGACGUUGACCAAGUCCACGUGGCGUUGACGGCAGCUUUGUUCCGUUAAUAUUUUCUAUAUAUUGCU